AUGAAGAUGCUUUGUUUAGACCACAACUCUCACAUUGAUGAAAAAUUGAGUGAUUACGAUGAUGAUCUUUUUCAAUUCUAUCACUUUAACGAGUGUCAAAUCAUCCCCAACUCAAAAGGGUACAAAAUGGAUUGUGAGAUGAGAAAAAAGGUGAUAGAUUGGUUGAUAGACUUUCAUUAUGAUUUAGAACUUGAGUCGGAAACCCUAUAUCUUAGUGUCAACAUUCUUGAUCGUUUUCUUUCACAAAACAAUUUUGAAGUGUUAAUGAUGGAUGAAUUUAAACUCAUUGGUCUCGCCUCAUUGCUCUUAGCUUCUAAAUAUGAACAAAGAAGUGUGGUCAGUAUGGAAUAUUUAGUUGAGUACUCUUAUACUCCCGAUGAAAUAUGGGGAAUGGAGAAUCUUAUAUUAAAAGAGAUUGAUUGGAUUUUAACAGUUCCAACAUGUUAUAUGUUUCUUGGGAAGAACAUUAGAGCGUGUCUUUUAUCUGAGAAAGACAAGAUCAUGGAAAACAUGGUGUUUUUCUUUUCUGAGCUGAGCUUGAUGCAAUAUUCGAUUAUGUGUGACUAUAAACCUUCAGUGAUUGUUGCUUCUGCGGUGUAUUGUGCAAGAAUGGUUAUUGGAAGAUAUCCUCUUUGGAGCCAUGAUUUGAAUGUUUGUUCUGGAUAUUCCAAAGAGAAGUUAAAGUCUUGUGCUAGAGUUAUGAUGAAUUUAUGCAGUGAAAUAUGUAGAGAUGAAAGUAUGCAAGUUCUUAAGAAAUUUUCAAGUUCAUUAAGAUGGAAGGUUGCGCGUAUAGCUAAACAAAUUUUUUUAAUAAAUCAUCCCGAUCUUAGUGUUCAUUUUAAGAUGUGA